GAUGCCUGAGAUUCCGAAGAAAAAAGCGCACGCUGUAGAGGGGGAUGUGGUGUAUUGUUGAAAUGGAAGCGAAAAGUUAGUAUCCAGUUUGUGUUUUGAGAGGCUCGUAUUUACUUUUGUAGCUUUUGGCGACGCGCAGAGGAAGAGUUUACUGUUAGCAUCUGAAGCGGUAGGAGCCCGUUAGCCGCUUAGCUAAAGUGGAGACAGGAUGUGAAUGAAUCCGGACGGGACCAGCCCCAGGAACCGGAGCAGCACCGAGCCAGUCAGACUGACACACCCUUGUCUGGGAAGAGGAACGGAACCGUAUCAGCUCUGCAACGUGCAGAAACUACCCUUCAUAUCUCAUGCCAACAUGUGUUAGCCUCUUGCUGCUGGAUUCAUCCAAUUGGAAACCAGUUUGAGCCCAGUUAAAAGUGUGGACUUAAUAUGACCGACUCAUCAGCACCAUCAUGGCUCGGACAGAGGUGAUAAUCCCCAGCAGGCUGUCUGCUGCAGAUCCAGCCUCCACCCACGGCUGACCCGCACACACCAACCCAGACUUUGUAGCCGACUUGACGUGUUUGUGGUCAGCGUGGAAUGAUGAGCUCUCCCAUGUACACCUUUGUUAGCCGCGACGAUAACAGCACUAUUUAUGCAGAAGUGUCUAAAAUCCUGCUGUCCACCGGACACUGGAAGAGACUGAAAAGAGACAAUCCCAGAUUCAACCUCAUGCUCGGUGAGCGGAACCGGCUGCCAUUUGGACGCCUUGGCCAUGAACCAGGACUGGUGCAGCUGGUGAAUUACUACAGAGGAGCAGACAAGCUGUGCAGGAAGGCGUCGCUGGUCAAGCUAAUAAAGACCAGCCCAGAGCUGUCAGACUCCAGCAACUGGUUCCCAGAGUCCUACAUCAUCUACCCCACCAACCUCAACACCCCCGUCGCACCGGCUACCAAUGGCAUCAGCCACCUGAAGAGCAACCCGAAGACAGAUGAGCGGGAAGUCUUCCUGGCUUCCUACCAUGCUAAGAAGGAGAGCGGAGAGGGAACGGUGUGGAUCGCCAAGUCUUCUGCUGGAGCUAAAGGUGCAGGUAUUCUGAUCUCACAUGAUGCCAAUCAGCUGCUGGACUACAUUGACAAUCAGGGACAGGUUCAUGUUAUCCAGAAGUACCUAGAGAAACCCCUACUGCUGGAGCCGGGUCAUCGGAAGUUUGACAUCAGGAGCUGGGUUCUGGUGGACCAUCAGUAUAACAUCUACCUGUACCGGGAGGGCGUGCUGCGGACCUCGUCGGAGCCCUACAACAGUGCAGACCUGCAGGACAUGACCAGCCACCUGACCAAUCACUGCAUUCAGAAGGAGCACUCCCAGAACUACGGCCGCUAUGAGGAGGGCAACGAGAUGUUCUUCGACGAGUUCAGGCUGUACCUGCUCAACACUCACAACGUCACCCUGGAGACGACCAUAUUACCUCAGAUCAAACACGUCAUCAAGAGCUGCCUGUCGUGCAUUGAGGCGGCCAUCAGCACCAAGCACCUGUCCUACCAGAGCUUCCAGCUCUUUGGCUUUGACUUCAUGGUCGACGAAAACUUCAAAGUGUGGCUCAUCGAGAUCAACGGCGCUCCAGCCUGCGCUCAGAAACUCUACCCAGAAUUAUGUCAAGGCAUCAUUGACGUGGCGAUCUCCAGCGUCUUCACGCUCAACAGCGACUCAUCGUCCGCUUCGUCGUCGCCUUACUCCUCCUCCCCGUCUUCUCUCUUCACCUCCAACUCCUGCUCCUCUCCGAAGCUGAGGGGUCCUCUGCACGUGGGCCCUUUCACCCGCCUCUAGGGGCCUCCGUCCAAACCUCACCCAGCAAGAGAAGCACAUGUGGAGACACUUUGCUUCUAUAGUCGGUUAAAUGAUGAAGAAGAUGGUGGCAGAUGGUCACACUGCAAAAACACAAAAUCUUACCAAGGACUUGUGGUCUAGUUUCUAGUCCAAAUGUCUUAGUACAAAUAUAAGACAAAAACUUAGAAGUAACUUUUCAGCAAGAUCUAUGAGCUUGUUUUGAGUCAGUAAACCCUUAAUAUUGACGAAAAACUUCUUCUGGCAUAUUAUUUCACUAAUAACACAAGAAACAUUUCUUGCAACUGGAGAAAUAAUCUGCCAGUGGAGCUAUUGAUUCCAUCAAUAUGAAGGAAGCGCCUAUAUUUUGCUGAAAAGUUACUUUCAAGUUAGUUUUGUCUUAUUUAAAGUAUUUCAUGAUACCUGCACCAAAAUGGUCGAGUUGGAAAGAUUUUGUUUUUGCAGCGCACUGAACACUGUGAGGGUUUCUGACCCUUUUUUCCUCCAUUGUUCUUUGAGUGGAUGGAUGGAUGGAUGGAAAGAAGUUAGGAAAGAAGGAAGGUAGGAAGUUAGAAAGGAAGGAAGGAACAUAGGAAGGAAGUUAGGAAGUUGAGAUGUUCCAGAUGAGUCUUACCGUGCCUUACAUUUGCAGCCACUCUCCCUGAAACAGACGUGGCUUUUUGAUUGGCUCAUACUCGUUCUAGAAGCCACCUUCUCUGUUGCUACACAUGACCAAUGCCCAGACCAAUGACCAGAUUAUGUGAUGUGUCAUUCUAGUUGUCUCUUUUUAACAUGCAAAAGACCGGUUCUACUCAUAAUUAUGGUUUAAGAUCUUCUUGAAGUGUAGCAUUUAUGAACAACAUGAGUGAUGAGACACUACAUGUUUAUGUUGAGGAGCAGCUGGGAGGAAAAACAGACUACAAACAUGAUGUUUUCUCAUUUUUCAGUUCAUUACUCUGGUGGUUCUCCCAUGAGUGACGCCAAUCAUGGUUUUUAAUAUAGAAAUAAUGUUGAAAAUUCCCUGAGAUACCAUUUCUGAGACCAACACCUACUGGCUCCCAUAGAGAAACAUGUUGCUCACCCAGAUUCUUGCAGAUUGGGAAGUUGGAAUGUCUAGAUGCAAUUCUACUUGAGGCAGCCAAUCCAGGGUCACCAUUUACUUUUCUUAGCCCUGAUUGGCUGUGCCUCCAGAUAAGGAACACUAUAGGUGUUAGCCAGUCCUAACACAGCUUCACUGUGCUAAUGAACGUAUUUCAAGAUAUAUUUGGGGUUUGAACUAUUAAAAUGAGCAGCUCUGAGUGUUUUUAGACGCAGAUUUUAGCUACUCAUGAGGCUGUGACCUCAAAUCCUGGGAGUUUACAAUAUUAGAGUGAUGCUCUGGGGUGAUAUCUGGACAUAAAAUUAUGAAUGACUGCCUUUUUGUGUUUUUUUUUGUUUUUUUCAUAUGAACAUUCUUGACAUCCCUAGUAAAUUGGUGCCCUGGGUGGCGGCCCAUUUCAACAGAAUCAAGAUCCAUGUCUGCAACCCUGAAAGACCUUUUGUAUUCCAGCCUUCUUAGUGGAUUAUGAAAGGAGAGGAACACAACAUGAAGGAGAAGAGUCUAGUAUGAAAGUGUUGUAAACAAAAAUAUUUCAUGAUUUUUUUGUUUUGUUUUUAAAGAGAGCAUGUUUGUAGAAAAGCAUGUAGCAUUCAGCUCCAGACAGAAACUGUUUUUUUUGUUUUGUGUUUUCAUGUUUCUGGUCCAGUUAGAUGUCGCAUCAUCAUGAAAGCAACGUGUUGGUUUUGUUUUUAAGCAUUUGGACGUGAAAUAGAGUAGUUAGUGGAGAAUGUCAAUUAUUAUUUAAAACAUUUAAUGACCCUCUGAAAUUGGGUUAGCUGAGGUCAGCAUCUUUAUUUUAGCUAAAUGUCUGUGAUCGGUAGUCAGAUGUUUGUGGAUUUUUUUGUUAAAUUUAAUUUCAGCUCAAAAUGAGUAAUUUUGCAUGUUUAGUCUGAUUUUUCUGAAGUUAGCGUCGGUCAAAGAUGUCCUGUUUCCUUCAGAUACAAAGGGAAACUGUUUCUGUAAAGGGCAUUUGUCACGACUCAUAACUUCUAGUUUUCCACUGAGCUCGUAGUUUAAUUAAUUUCAAUGUCUGAAAUUUUGCAAAAAAUUGUAAAAAAAUAAAAUGAAGGACAUUAAGGAAGGAGAAAGUAGUUGACGUUGCAAAUGAGGAAGUUAGAACAAAAUGGCCACCCCAGAAGGAUGUGGAAAAAAUGAAGGUUGUUGUGGAGUUUUAUUGGACUGUGGGAAAGGCAUCUCCAAGCAAUAGUUUAGAGAAAUAAAAUCCCAGUGAACUACAUUCACUUAGCUCAAACACAAAGGAAAGAAAAAGAUUCUUCACCUCAAAGAAACAUUAAAUGUGGCUCAUUCACUUUGAAAACCAAUAAAAUGAAGGCAGGAUUUGAUUCAUUUAGUCUUUUAGUUUCUUUCUUGGGUGUCUGGCUCUGAAUCAGGUGAUAUUUGCCUUUUGUACUCACUGUGUUUUUAAUAUCCAUAAUGACUGGGAAAAUCCCAGAAAUGGAAUAUGAUGGGAGCAGGAAGUGUCUGAGAGAGAAGGCUGCCUUUAGCGGGAUGAAAAAGGAAAACAUUGAAAAGCACCUUUAUUACUUUGCAUUGAAGUAAACUUUUCAAAAUCAUGAUGUCAGUUUCUUUACAUUGUUUGAGCAUAUUUUUAUUCUACUGUUUUUUAAAGUAUUUCUCUAAUUUUUACCAAAGAUGAACUCUUGUUUGUUUGGCAGAAUGAAAGAAAAAGUGAACAUUCUGGUUCUGUUUCUUUUUUUCCCCUGAUGUAACAUUUAGUUUUAAAGCUUGCAUGAACAUCUGUCUUCAUGAUGAACAGUGUUAGAAUAAAAUCCAACAUUUCUCUCUAA